AUGACGCCUUUGGAUUUGGUGAAAUGCCGUCUACAGGUGAAACCUGAUUUAUACAAGGGCAUUUUUGAUGGCUGGAAGACCAUCAUCCGCAGCGAAGGUUUCGGCGGUGUCUUUGUCGGUCUCGGUCCCACUGCUAUCGGCUACUCGUUGCAAGGUGCGGGCAAAUACGGUCUGUACGAAUAUUUCAAGUACAAGUAUGGCCAAAUUGUCGGCGAGGACAAUGCACACAAGUACCGAAGCAUUCUCUAUCUGUCUGCAUCAGCAUCGGCUGAAUUCUUUGCUGAUAUCCUCCUGUGUCCAAUGGAGGCCCUAAAAGUGCGUCAACAAACAUCCUAUCCUCCAUUCGCAAAGGGCACGGUCGAAGGUUUCCAAAAGCUCAAGGCAGCCGAAGGAUUGUCUGGAUUCUACAAGGGUCUCGUGCCACUCUGGGGCCGUCAGAUCCCGUACACCAUGAUGAAGUUUGCAUCCUUUGAGGCUACAGUUGAAAUGAUCUACAAGACGUUCCUGACAAAACCAAAGAACGAAUACAACAAAGUGCAACAGCUUGGCGUCAGUUUCGCAGGCGGUUAUAUCGCUGGUAUCUUGUGUGCCACCGUAUCCCAUCCAGCAGACGUGAUUGUGUCCAAACUGAACAACUUGCCCAAGGCCGAGGCAGGGCACAAACAAGCAGGCCUUGCAGACGUCGCAAAAGAGUUGGGAUGGAAGGGCGUCUGGAGAGGACUGGGUCCACGUAUUGUCAUGAUCGGUACGCUCACUGCUCUUCAAUGGCUCGUCUACGAUACCUUCAAGGUCUACGUUGGCCUUCCAACAACCGGCGCUACAGACGAAAGCGCACCAAAAGAAUUAGAAACAAAUUAA